AACGGAUAUAUCAACGAAACAAGAGAGCGGAGCUCGAAAGCCGCACCAUGUCGAUCGCAGGCGCAGCAGCGGCAGCGACUUGCUCGCUACCUCGCCUCCGCCGCGCCCGCGAGGUGGUCAUCACACCGUCCCCGCGCGCCUCAUCGCGGCUCCUUUCAUCUGACUGGCGGCGGUCGCCCGCGGGACGAGUCCUCGUCCCCGGUCCGCCGCUCCCCACCCCGCGACUCCGCCGCGCUAGGCUCCUACUCGUGGCGAGCGCCGUGGACUCCACCCAGCCCUCCUCCUCUUCCGCCAAAACUGUCGUCCCGGACAACGAGUUCUCAGUCGCCAAGGUUUCAUUUGGUGUUAUUGGUUUAGCAGUGGGUGGCAGUCUUCUCUCAUAUGGAUUUUGUGCAUAUUUCAGUAUUCUGCCUGGGUCUGAGUGGUCUGCUCUAAUGCUGACAUAUGGAUUUCCUCUUGCAAUUAUUGGUAUGGCUUUGAAGUAUGCAGAGCUCAAACCGGUGCCAUGCCUAACUUACUCUGAUGCAGAGGUUCUGAGGGAAAGAUGUGCUACUCCUAUUCUUAAGCAGGUAAGGAGUGAUGUUACACGAUAUCGUUAUGGUGAUGAGCAACACUUGGACGAGGCAUUGAAACGAAUUUUCCAAUAUGGCCAGGGUGGUGGGAUCCCACGGCGUAGUGCACCAACCUUACAGACUAUACGUGAAGAAGUCACUGAAGAUGGAAAGUACUGCUUGGUUCUUGUGUUUGAAGCAAAAGCUUUGAAGUUGUCUGAUUUUGAACAGAGACAGGCAAAAUUCACGUCGUUCUUUGGACCAGGAAUCAUUGCGGAAAUUGGGAAAGGAGAAGCUGAUCUUUAUGAAGUUCGCCUUAUUUCGCAGACAACUUAAGAACCAAAUUCACAAAUAUAGUAUUUCCUUAAAUCUUUUACAGGAUAAUGCCAAUGUAAAUUUCUCAUCCUAAUCCAAUUACACGCAACAGAUUCAGUGCUGAAAAUUUCAGUUGAGCAGAGAAACCAUCUCUUCCUUUGUUUUCUCUUUUUCAUUUUUGCUUCUAUUUACCAUAUCAUCAUCUUGAAGAACAAAUGUAUGUUGACCACGGCAGUAAACACCACUACUCACUGCCAUGAUUCUCAAAGUUCAGAUAACAUGUAUACUUGUAUAUGAAUUGUUGCAUUGCUCUAAUCAUCUGCUGCUGUA